ACCUGCUUGGCAUUUCUCAGGGAAUUUGGAGAGGAGGAAGAAGAGCCCAACUAGGUCUCCUUCUGUAGUGAAGUCACACUCCUUUAGAGAGCUCACCAUGGCCUGGCCUCUGGUUUUCCUAGCCCUUCUCAGCUACUGUGCAGGUAAGACUAUGAAGGACUCUCUCCACACAGGAGAACAUCUCACCUACUAACAUUAUGUAUUUAGCAAAGGAACAUCAUGCUUCUUUGAGAUUUGAAACAUGGAAACUGAACCGACGUCCUCUUUCUCUUUCCCCCCUUUUCGUAAAGGUGUGACUUCACAACCAAGUUUGACUCAGCCUGCUUCUGAGUCUGUGUCUCCAGGUGAAACUGCGAAACUCUCCUGCACCAGAAAUGGUGGUAGUGGCUGGGAUGCAUUUCAUUGGUAUCAACAGAAACCUGGGCAGGCUCCUCGCUUUCUGUGGUAUGGCACCAGCACCAGGGGAGACGGAAUUCCAGAUCGGUUCACUCCUUCUUCCUCUGGGAACACCGGCUAUUUAAGUAUCACUAACAUCCAGACUGAAGAUGAGGCCGUUUAUUACUGUUCCGACUGGGAGUACAAUAUCUUGAAGGGGUAUCACAGUGGUACAAUCUAAUGGGGAACUGAGACAAAAACCUUCUCUCUUCUUCUUAGAGAAGGGAAAACUGAUGCACUCAUGGGCAUAACUCUGUGUGAUAGAGGUUUGCCUGCUCUAUACCUAGAAAUGAGGGCACCUUUUCCCCAAUGCCUUCUCUCUCUUCUCUCUCUCUCUCUCUCUCUCUCUCUCUCUCUCUCUCAUUUUUGACUUUUUCAUUUGUACAGACAUCAAAUAGAAAUACAACACACUCCAAAUAUCCCCUUUGACUCCCCCCCCCUUUUGUGGUUUCAUACUGUAUCGCCUUUUUAAUUCCAAUUAUUUAUAAACCCCAGGUAAUCCUUAAUGCAAAUUUUAACUACAAGUUUUAAGUUAAUCCUGCUAAUGAAUUUAAUGGUUUACAAUGAUUUUUCAAAUGCAUUAUUUACUUUCUCCAUUUUUUAUUAAAAGUUGGUUUCUGAUUUUUCUAGCAAGUUUUGCCAUUUCCACUUAGGCCAUUAGUUUUAUCUGCCAUUCUUCCUUGGUUGGAAUUGCAUCUUCCUUCUGGGAAUUCUGGGCAUUCCCUCUUUCUUUUUGACCCCUGCAGGAGAAGGAGCCACCCUUUCUGCUUGCCUGAUCUGACUUGUUCCCUCUGCAACUGGGACAAGCAGCCUUCCAAAGUUUCCUCCUUCUUCCCACAUUCCUCUGACUGCCUCAUUGCCAGGUCUGCACCUCCCUCGCAGUGUGUCCCUUUUGCCAGGCGGGAAAGAUUGUGCUCUCCAUGCAGGGCUGGAUUUAGGUUUGACGAGGCCCUAAGCUACUGAAGGUAAUGGGGCGCUUGAUAUGUCCAGCUGUCCUUUGUCAUCAACAAUUUGUCACUGUUUUUUGUGUUGAAUAUAUACUAUAUGGUAAUUUAUGGACCUAAUCGGUAUCUAAAGCCAUUUGCACAUGCAGAAUGUAGGCAUCCUAUAUACAGAAAUGAGCAAACCAGUGAUAUUUUAGGGAGCAGGCUAGCAGGCGGGGCCCAUUACUUACAUCAUAGGAGCCUACACAACACAAAACACCGUUGCUGUUUGUAGGUUUUAUUUUAUUUGUUUUUAUCUUAUAUUUUGGAAAUAGACAUCCAGUUUUAUUCCUUUAAAUUUUUGCUCCCCAAGAGAGUGGGGCCCUAAGCUAUAGGUUGUUUAGCUUAUACAUAAAUCCGGCAGUGUCUUCAGUGUGUUUCCUUCUGAUCCGGCCCCCAACAGAGAUGUGACCACUGCUGCCUCCUGCCAGUCUCCCUUAUGAAAAUAAAUUCUGUUGCCUUUCUUUUUGUUAUGGCGUUAUGUAUUCACAGUGCAGAUUGAAGUCAGUGGUGGUUUUCGUUGUCUCCCCCACCCUCUGGUAAAAACCAUUACACCCCACCUACCAGCAGGUGGCGCUGUGGUCUAAACCACUGAGCCUCUUGGGCUUGCCACUCAGAAGGUCGGCAGUUUGAAUCACCGCAACAGAAUGAACUCCUGUUGCUCUGUUCCAGCAUCUGCCAACCUAGCAGAUCAAAAGCACACCAGUGAAAGUAGAUAGAUAGGUACCACUGUGGCGGGAAUGUAAAUGGUGUUUCCAUGCGCUCUGGUUUCUGUCACAGUGUUCGGUUGCGCUGAAGCGGUUUAGUUCUGCUGGCCACAUGACCUGAAAAGAUGUCUGUGGACAAAUGCCGGCUCUCUCGGCCUGAAAGCGAGAUGAGCGCUGCAUCCCAGAGUCUACUUUGACGGGACUUAACUGUCUUGGGGUCCUUUUUCUUUACCUACCAAUAUCUGAUGGUCUCAACAAAGGAUGUUUUACACAGGUUCAUAAUAAUGUGUAAUAAAGUUAUUAUUAUUUAAAAGCUUAUGUGUAUUAUCUGGAAAUCAGACCAGCAAUGGCUAGGAAUUAGCCCCUGAAAGGGAUUCUUCCCCUGGGUUCAGACAAUCCACUACAUAUAGCAACCACUUUUUAAAAAGUGUUUGGCAUUAAUGGUGAGUGAAACCUCAACCUCAACAUACCCUCCAACAUACAGACAAUCCUCUGAUGCCCAAUUUCUCCAGCACUUACCCUUGGCCCCUACAGGAUACUUGCCACCCCAAACCCCUCAAACUCCAGCCCCACACAGGCUUGCCUGCACCCCACCAGGUAAACCCUUCCCUGCCCCCACUCCAGGGUCUGCUCCUGCCUGGGGUCUCCUCCAGCCACCGCCUUCUCUUCUGGCCUGACCUAGCUCCCUUUUUCCUUCUUGUUUUUACUCAACAUAGCUGGUUGGAUGGGUGGCUGGGGCCUGCCGGGCUGGAGAGACAUAGCCUCACACGGUGGAGACAGUAAUCUCAGUGGCAUCAUCAUCCCUGUUGCCUUCCUCCCUUUUUCUCCUUCUCUUAUUCCCGCUACGGCUGCUGCUGUAACUGGCAGACUUGCCUGCCUGGCUCCCUCCCUUGGACCCAAUGCAAGACUCCCCCCUCUUCCUCUACCUCGACUUCUCAAACUCCCAGCAGUGGUGGCAAGGAGGCGAUGAGGUGGAGGAGAAGAUGGCAGCCUCAGCAAGCAACUAUCUCUUCCCCUAGAAUGAUCCCAGCCUUCUCAUGUUGCCUCCCUAUGUGGCUCUGCAAGGCAUGUUUCCAUGGUGGGAAACAUUCGCUGUGUACAACACAAGACCAAUUCUCAUUUUUUUUUAAAAACCAUUUAUGCAAAUCUGGGUGCAUUUGCAUAAAGGGGGACAUUCCCCAACCCUAGAGGACUUAAGAAAUCAAAGG